AUGGCGAGCGGCGGCGAACAUGGCAGUGCAGGGGCCACACCCUGGACAGGUGCGUGCAAUGUUUCUUCAGAACAAGGCUGUUCCAAUGCAGGGACAGAGGGUUUGUGGAGUGACUGGCGUGAGCUUAGAGCUGUGAUGCUGGGCUCUGCGUGUGGCGGCUUCCUAAGCCGUUGCCUAUUCCAUCCCAUAGACACAGCGAAGUCAAUGAUGCAAGCGCAGGUAACCGAAAGACACCGGCUACAAUCGGCCCCUUCUCUUCCGGGUACCAAGAAACCUACAGCUCUCACUGCGUCGGAUCUGCCGUUGAAUGGUUCUUGGAACACGGGGACGAGAGGCCGCGCUAUGAGAGCGAGCACGGCGGAGGCGCAGACGAAAACAGCUGGAGACUAUCGCUCCCCUUUCGCCUCGACAUGGCACACGCUAAGGACAGUAUGGAACAGGGAGGGUCUAACUGGCUUAUACAGGGGAUUCGCCAUCUGCGGGUUCGGCUCCGUCCCAGCAACAUGCUUAUAUUUUACCUCCUUCGAGCUUUUGCGAGCCUCUUUGGUUCGUGUCUGCCGGACCCAGCAGGACGGCAACGGUGGAGAUUUGUGCACAGCGGAGAAAGUUCAGGAUGUUGAAAAGAGAGAGACUGGCCUCCUGACAAAGGCACCGCCUGUAAUCGAUCUGGCGGCGGGAUUCGGCGCCGAGGCGAUCUCUUGUAUCUUUUGGGUACCGAUUGAUGUCUGCAAAGAGCGCCUACAGACACAGCGAGUUCUGGGCACCAGCUAUUAUCGGGGCAGCUGGGACGGUAUGUGCCAGAUAUACAGAGGAGAAGGCCUUCGGCAGCUCUACAAAGGGUAUGGGGCAACCCUGCUGUCAUUUGGCCCAAUGAGCGCGUUAUUCUUUAUGUUUGACAAUCAAUUACGGGCGCGGUUAGGGAGCACCGAGGUCCUCCAGCGCGAGACAUCUGCAUCUACUGAGAGCCUGCCAUCGCCAGAUCAAGAGAGUGCCUUGUCGCCGUUGGCCUCUGGCGGGUGUGCGCUUUUGGCGGCAGCAGCCGCAGCUUGGUUAACUGUUCCCCUGGAUAAAGUGAAGCUUAGGCUCCAGAUCCAACGCGCCCAGACGGGAAAGACUCCUCGUGCGACUCCUUUCCUGUACCGCAACGUUAUGCACGGCCUAGGAGAAAUGUAUAGGACGGAGGGCACUCGCGGGAUAUUUAGGGCAAGCGGGGCUCGCGUUUUGUUUCAUAGCGCAAACUUCGCUGUGGUCAUGGCCGUCAUGGAGCAGGUCAAAUCGGCGUAUUUUACUUAUGUUGAACCGUCUCGCGGCUGA